GAAGAGGAGGAGGAAGACGAAGAAGUUGAAGAAGAAGAGAUUGAACAAGAAAAAAUUUUGAAAAAGAAAAGUAAUAAAUCUGACUCUAAUAUUGCUAUUUAACAAUUUUAUUUUUGUUUUUUUCCUGUUUUGCAUAAAGUUUAUUUAAAUGGAAUUUCCUGGGUAUCCUUUCGGUUUGGGGUUAGAUGGGCGCUUGCCAAGGAAGUUAGGUAAUUUUUGUCCAAACGGGGCUAGUCUUAUGUGGGAAGUCAAACAAAAAUUAGACGCCUUUCAUCAAACUCCAACCGAAUACAACCUAAUCCCCUGAGUGGUACCGACGCUGGCCCAAGUGGGCUUGCGGACGGCGGGGAGGGAAACGGCGCUGCGAAAUGACGUCCAAUAAGCUUGAUUCUUUUCUCUCUUAUAUUUUAUUUUCUUUUUUAUUUUUAAAAAUUGUAGAUAGGGUGUAAUCGACAGCUAGUGAUUUAUUCUCUCUUGAAUUUUUCCUCUGACUUAGGAGACUAAAUUUUAGUUGAAAAAUAGAAAUAACGCCUUUCAACAAACUCCAACCG